AUGCACAUCCGCUACAUUACAUUGAAUAUGUUUCAUAUUUCUUUACAGGACACAAUUCCCAACUCCGUCCAUAUUGUUUUGCUGCUGGUUGAACGAGACCAUAUAUUCCGCUUUGAGAAACCAACUUCCAUGCAAUUUGAAACUCUGACUUCAUUGAAGUCACUACAUAAACACAUAGAAAGCAAUCAGCUGCCACUAGAACUUGAUGGAACUUUCCCCUACUGUCACAGUAGCUGGGUUUGCUUUCGUAUGAAACUGGAACAGCUUAUGCAGGGAUGUAAAGAUGCGCAUAUUCUCAUCCAAAGUAGCACAGUGAACCUGAGAUCAAGUAAGCUGCCAGAAACUACUGAGGAGGCUAGAGUUCUUUUGCAGCAAUAUAAGCAACUUAUGAACAAUGUACUGGAAGAUAGGAGCCUAGUUAAGUUGCAGCUUGAAGGAGGAGUAAUCCUUGCCAGACUAAGAAAAGAGGAGUCAUAUAUCCCUGGAGCAGGAAUGUUCAGUUGGCUGGGGUACUCCCGAAGUUAACAGACGUCCUGAACUUCAAUCCCUUGGUGAAGCACAGCGCACUG